AAAAAAUAUUGAAUAUUUCCACUUUUCCAUUUCCAUUUUUGGUUGGAUGAACGGAACAUAUAAAUAUCUGGGUCGUUACUCUAAUUGCCUUUAGUUUCCAAUAAUAUCUACGUCCGCCAUGGCAAAAGUAUCAGUUCUUCUUUCAUUCCAUUGUUAUUGUAUUGUGCUGUUAUUUGUGCAUAGCACCAGUGCACAAUUUGGUGGAUACGGGGGUGGCGGUGGUGGUGGUUAUGGUGGAUACGGUGGAUAUCAGAAUUUCGGUGGAUACGGAGGUUAUCCUUCGUAUGGGGGCUAUGGGGGCGGCUAUGGAGGAGGUGGAGGAUAUUACCCAUCUUAUGGAUACUACCCCAGUUAUGGAUAUCAACAAGGGGGAUAUCCUGGAUACGGUCAAAAUCAGGGCUAUUACCCAUACUAUGGAAACGGUUUAAGUACCGCUUUUGCAAGUAGCAGUGGUGGAAUGGCAUCUGCAUCGGCUUCGAGUGGAGGAUAUUUUGGAAGAUAAACUUAGAGGCCUUCUUGAUGAGAAUACUCAGAAAAACUAAAAAAAAAAAGAACAUGUUAGA